AUGAGAAGCUCCGAGCGUCUGCCGCCCAAAGCCUCCUUCUACGCGAGAUCACCACGGCGUCUGAAGGCCCGCAGACGACUCAAUCCGAGCCUUGCACAGAAACUCUGCCGAGAACUGUACGGGCCCCGGAAAACGCUUUCAGACAUCAACUUUAGUGGUAUCCUGGGUGCCGACUUCCAAUUCGGUUCUCCACAGUCAGAAGGGGAAGUGGCACAACGACUGGUUCAUGAAGAAUCCCCGGAACCAACAGCAGAUGAAUUGGCUGACCCGCUCCCAGUUCCGUCAUCCUCGUCCGGUGUUGGCAACGAUCAGGAACUUGCCUGUCCCUGCUCCGCCUUCGCCGAGCCGACCUCAAUGUUCGGGGAAUUUUUCCACUGCCAUCAACACAACCCGAUUGCGGAAACCAUAUUCGGCCCCAGACAAUCAACUACUGACGGUGAGCAGGUCAAGGCUGGGAAAAGAAAAUCCGAGGCCAGAGUCACCGGUGAGUCUUAG